AUGUUGUCGGCCGUCUACAAGGCGGGCCGCGCCCCAGCCGUCCUCCGCCAUGGUCGCCGCGUGCCCGUGGCAUCGUCACAACUGAGCAGCUUGACUGCUGCUCCCCAGACCACUCCCGCUCCCUUCCGCACACAAACCGCUUCGCCGAGCGCCCGGUUGAGUCAGAAACGGCUUUUCUCCGCAUCCCGGGCCCUCGCGAGUGGUACUGCGCAGCCCGCGCCGGACCCGAAGGCAUACCUCUCGAGCGGGGUGGUAAAACCGAGGGAGCACAUCGACGUCAAGAAGGUGCUUGUUAUUGGCAGUGGUGGUCUUGCCAUUGGCCAGGCUGGAGAGUUUGACUACUCUGGCUCACAAGCCCUCAAGGCCCUGAAGGAGGCCGGCGUAGCCUCGGUACUCAUCAACCCCAACAUCGCCACCAUCCAGACGAACCACGCGCUCGCCGACGAGGUCUACUACCUCCCCGUGACCCCCGAGUACGUCGAGUAUGUGAUCCAGAAGGAAAAGCCGGACGGCAUCUUCCUGUCGUUUGGCGGCCAGACCGCGCUCAACCUGGGCGUGCAAAUGCAGAAGCUCGGGCUGUUCGAGAAGUACGGCGUCCGCGUGCUUGGCACUAGCGUGAGGACGCUGGAGCUGUCGGAAGACCGCGACCUCUUCGCCAAGGCCCUCGACGAGAUCAACAUCCCGAUUGCCAAGUCCAUCGCGGUCAACACGGUCGACGAGGCGCUCGAUGCGGCCUCCAAGAUCGGCUACCCGAUCAUUGUACGUGCUGCGUACGCGCUCGGCGGGUUGGGGUCCGGGUUUGCCAACAACGAGGAGGAGCUGCGUAACAUGGCGGCCCGGUCGCUCACGCUGUCGCCUCAGAUCCUGGUCGAGAAGUCGCUUAAGGGCUGGAAGGAGGUCGAGUACGAGGUCGUGCGCGACGCCAACAACAACUGCAUCACGGUGUGCAACAUGGAGAACUUCGACCCCCUGGGCAUCCACACGGGGGAUUCCAUCGUCGUGUCGCCCAGCCAGACCCUGAGCGACGAGGAGUACCACAUGCUGCGGUCGGCCGCUAUCAAGAUCGUGCGGCACCUGGGGGUCGUGGGCGAGUGUAACGUGCAGUACGCGCUUCAGCCCGAUGGCCUCGACUACCGCGUCAUCGAGGUCAACGCCCGGCUCUCCCGCUCGUCCGCGCUGGCCUCCAAGGCAACUGGCUACCCGCUCGCGUACACGGCGGCCAAGAUCGGCCUCGGUCACAGCCUGCCGGAGCUGCCCAACGCGGUAACCAAGACAACGACGGCCAACUUCGAGCCGUCGCUUGAUUACAUCGUCACCAAGAUCCCGCGCUGGGAUCUCUCCAAGUUCCAGCACGUCAAGCGCGACAUCGGCAGCGCCAUGAAGUCCGUGGGUGAGGUCAUGGCCAUCGGCCGUACGUUCGAGGAGUCGUUCCAGAAGGCCAUCCGCCAGGUCGACCCGCGCUUCGUCGGCUUCCAGGGCGAGAAGUUUGCCGACCUCGACUCGGAGUUGCAGAACCCCACCGACCGCCGCUGGCUCGCCGUCGGCCAGGCCAUGCUGCACGAGAACUACUCGGUCGACCGCGUGCACGACCUGACCAAGAUCGACAAGUGGUUCCUGUACAAGCUGCAGAACAUUGUCGAGUGUACGCGCGAACUGCAGCAGGUCGGCAGCCUGCAGGUGCUCAAGAAGGAGCAGGUGCUCAAGGCCAAGAAGAUGGGCUUCUCGGAUCGUCAGAUCGCCCAAGCCGUCAACAGCACCGAGGACGAGGUGCGCGCCCGCCGUCUCGAGUUUGGCAUCCGCCCCUGGGUCAAGAAGAUCGACACCCUGGCCGCCGAGUUCCCCGCCGACACCAACUACCUGUACACCACCUACAACGCCUCGUCGCACGAUGUCACGUUCGAGGACAAGGGCACUGUCGUGCUCGGCAGCGGUGUCUACCGUAUCGGCAGCUCUGUCGAGUUCGACUGGUGCGCCGUCAGUGCGACCGUGGCCCUGCGGGAGAUGGGACAAAAGACGGUCAUGAUCAACUACAACCCCGAGACGGCCAGCACCGAUUUCGACACGGCCGACAAGCUCUACUUUGAAGAGCUGAGCUACGAGCGGGUGAUGGACAUCUACGACCUCGAGAACGCGAGCGGCGUUGUGGUGUCGGUGGGCGGCCAGCUGCCACAGAACAUCGCGCUCCGGCUACAGGAGGCCGGCGGGGCCAACGUGCUGGGUACGGACCCGCGCAACAUCGACAAGGCUGAGGACCGGCAGAAGUUCUCCGAGAUUCUCGACAGCAUCGGCGUGGACCAGCCGGCGUGGAAGGAGCUGACGUCGGUCCAGGAGGCCGAGAAAUUCGCCGAGCAGGUCGGCUACCCCGUGCUAGUCCGGCCGAGCUACGUGCUGUCCGGCGCGGCCAUGACCGUCAUCCGCAGCAAGGACGAGCUCAAGGACAAACUCGAGGCCGCGUCCAGCGUGUCGCCCGACCACCCCGUGGUCAUCAGCAAGUUCAUCGAAGGCGCCGAAGAGAUCGACCUCGACGGCGUCGCGUCCGACGGCAACCUGAUCGUCCACGCCGUCAGUGAGCACGUCGAGCAGGCCGGCGUGCACUCGGGCGACGCCACGCUCGUGCUCCCGCCCGCCAAGCUGGACGAGACCACCAUGGGCCGUGUCAAGGAGAUCGCGCAGAAGAUUGCCCAGGCCCUCCAGAUCACAGGGCCCUUCAACAUGCAAAUCAUCAAAGUCAACGACCCAACCGGUGCGAGCGAGCCACAGCUCAAGGUCAUCGAAUGCAACCUGCGUGCCUCCCGCUCAUUCCCCUUCGUCAGCAAGGUCCUCGGCACCAACUUCAUCGACGUCGCUACCAAAGCCCUCGUCGGCAAGAACGUUCCGCCCCCGACCGACCUAAUGACCGUCCCGCGCGACUACCUCGCCACCAAGGUCCCACAGUUCUCGUGGACCCGCCUAGCCGGCGCAGACCCGUUCCUCGGCGUCGAAAUGUCCUCCACGGGCGAGAUGGCCUGCUUCGGCAAGAACCUCGUCGACGCCUACUGGGCCUCCCUGCAGUCCGCCAUGAACUUCCGCGUGCCCGAGCCCGGUGAGGGCCUCCUUUUCGGCGGCGAGCUCGGCGACACCCGCUGGCUGACCACCGUCGUCGACUACCUCGCGCCCCUGGGAUACAAGCUGUACGCGGCCGACCAAGAGGUCAAGCAGUUCCUCGAGUCGACGACCAAGCACAAGAACGUCGCUGUCGAGGUGAUUGAGUUCCCCAAGGAGGACAAGCGCGCCCUGCGCGAGGUGUUCAAGAAGUAUGAUAUCAAGGGCGUGUUUAACCUGGCCCGGGCCCGCGGCAAGACGGUCAUGGACGUCGACUACGUCAUGCGCCGCAACGCCGUCGACUUUGGCGUGCCCUUGUUUAUGGAGCCUCAGACGGCCAUGCUCUUUGCGCAGUGUAUGAGCGAGAAGCUGCCCCGGCCAGAAGGGAUCCCCUCCGAGGUGCGCCGGUGGUCCGACUUUAUCGGCGGGAAGCCCUUGUAA